AUGUAUGACUGGACCCAUCCUGACUCCAGGAGGCCCGCAAACAAGUCAACCUUUGUGUCCCAGGAGGACUGCAAGCAAGCGAUCGGGAUGCGAUCCUGCCGCGCCUCGGGCCAAGGUGAGUUCCCCCGAACCGUUCUCAGCUUCCCCCUGCCCCGGGCCCAGAACCGGGGAAAGCCCCUUAUCGGCUCCUCCCGCCCACCAUCCAGUUUGCGGGGCGUCCCAGCACCGGGGCUUGGGGUAUCCGUGCUCUGGCCACACCCAGCGGGCAAGCAGCGUCCUGGCGCGACCCCUCCCCCUUCCUCGCAGACCCGAGGAGGGGGCCCUUGUCCUUUAUUACAGGACUUAGGGGUUGGUGCCCCGGGGUCUGAUAUCUCCUCCCUUAAAGUUUCUUUACUGACACUUGCCUACUUUUCGACUAGUCUCCCUUAUUAUGCGAACCCCCGCUUCUGGCCCCCUGCCCUGAUGGCACGUUUCUUUGUGGGCUCCAGCUGCAUGCUGACCUCCGUGCAGCUGUUCGUAGCCUCCUUCCAGCUGGAUGGCCAGAGCAGGCUCGGUCAGGGGUCGGGGCUGAAGCCGGCCAGGGAGGGCUGGGCGUGUUGGCAGCUGGCUGAUACCCUUCCUCACUCCUCAGUUCCUGGCCCAGAUGCUUCAGGUGGUUUAGACUGAUCACUCCCUGAAGGGGAAGGGGAACGGUGCCAUCUUAGAAGGCAUUUUCCAAGAGGAAGUGAGUCACCCUAGGACUGGCCGGCAAUCUUAAAGG